ACCAAUUAGCGGAUCCGCAUUCCUUCCGUUGUUUAACGAGUCAUCCCUGUAUAAUCAAAAGACCGAGCACAAUACUUCCCUAUUAAAGCACGGCGGAACGCAAGACGGAUGCACGAAGAAGAAGGAGAAAGAAAAAGAGCGGCAUCGGAUUCUUGAUCGUGCAGACAUCGGUUGGUCAAGUGGUCGCGUGAUUAGCAUGUUGACAGCCGUCCCCUGAAGGAGGUGUCCGUCACUCCCACGAACGCGAUUAAGUGAAUCAAUUAUGCCAAUCAGCGGCGAUGUCUGGCCAGAGGGUGAAUUGGCGAACAAUGCAGAUCGAAUUAUACACAUAUACGUAACCGUCGUAGAAAUCGUACGAGCCCAACCGAGUCGAGUCUCGAGUCGAGCGCGUGCAUGCAUCCGCACGAUGUGCACAAUGGAUACGCGCCAUUUGCUCGAACGAGGAAGCAAGACGGAACGAGGACAAAAGAGGAACAAAGAGGGUGAAAGAGAGCGAGAGAGGAAGAAGAAAUAUGCGGGUCGGUGAACCACGGCAAGGAUGCACGCUGACCGGGUGGAUGCUGCUCCUUGGAUUUUUGUCCACGAAACGAGAAGCCGAGAGAGACUUCGUGACCGCCGCCUGUCCAAGAAUAUGCCCGCCAAGCGGAGAACCCGUGUGCGGUAGCGACGGGGUGAUCUACGCGUCGCAGUGUGAAAUGCGGAAGAAGAUGUGUGGAAAAGGUGUAACCAUAGCCACGGAUAAGACCGCUUGCCUGAGGUCAUCCGGUAGCAAGUGUGAGCAUCGUUGUCCAGGAGACCAGGACCCAGUGUGCGGUACCGAUGGCCGCACGUACCUCAACAAGUGCAUGUUAAGGGUCGAGAUCUGCAGGGUCGGCAUCGAGUUGUCUCACUUGGGUCCCUGCAAUAACAUCUCUGCGCACAGAGAGAAUUGUCCAGUAUCUUGCGACUUUGCUCCUCUCGAUGGACCGAUCUGUGGUAGCGAUGGGAACGUCUAUAAAUCUACUUGUCAAAUGAAGCUGCUCACUUGCGGACAAGGUGUCGUGCGUACGAACAAAAAACAUUGCCAGACAACGAGACACUGUCGUGAAUCUUGCUGGCGCGGUGCCAAACCAGCCUGUGGUAGCGAUGGUAUCCUCUACUCGAACACCUGCAAAAUGCGAGCUAAGAAUUGCGGCAAGCACGUGUUCGAGGUGCCAAUGUCGUUCUGCGUAUCGCGGGAACGGACGUCCGGUGGACAAACGAACGCGUGUCCUUUGGACUGUAAAAAUGAAGCGGAAGUGCCAACCUGCGGAUCGGACGGCAGCAUAUACAGGAACGAGUGCGAAAUGCAGAUGCUGAAUUGUGGGCAAGCGAGAAGAAAAGUGACCGUGGUAGAUUUCGAGAAGUGUCGACCACGUUUGACCAAGUGCAUGAAGCAACAGCAGAAAUGUGGUAGCGACGUGGAUCCAGUUUGCGGUAGCGACGCGAACACUUACCCGAAUCAGUGUCAUCUGAACGUGGCAGUGUGCCUAAAGGGCAUUCAAUUGGCUCACGUAGGGGAGUGUACAACCUUGAAGGAGACCGAACAGUGCCCCGAAGAUUGUAGCGAGGUACCCGAAGAACCAGUUUGUGGAAGUGACGGCAACGUUUACCGAUCCCUUUGCCAUCUGCGGCGUGAAACAUGCGGUCAGAGGGUGGUUCAAGUUCCAGCACAACAUUGUCGUACCACAGCGCUUUGCAACCAGAUCUGCAGCGGGGAACGUCAGUUUGUUUGCGGUUCCGACAACAAGCUUUAUCGUAACGAGUGCGAGAUGAAGAGGGACAAUUGCGGGAAACACGUAUACGUUGUGCCCAUGAAGAGAUGCGUUCAAGGUUUCCUGUUCCGCGGCUGUCAAAAGAUCUGUCCGCCCUAUUACGAUCCGGUUUGCGGUACCGAUGGCAUGACCUACAGCAACGAAUGUUUCCUGGAAAUCGAGAACUGCCGUAGUCGAAGUCUAGUUUCGAAAAAGUACCACGGAGUAUGCGGCCAGCCCACGGAAGAGCCUAAGAAUUAUUUAUAUUAAACGGAGCAGAACGAGUUAUAUCGUUGGGAAUAGCUUUCUCGAAAAGAAGAAUGCUUUCGAAAAGUUCGAUGAAUAUUUUAAAGCGAUUCGAGCAGUUUGGAACAAAUUCCGUCGAGUCGCUCAAUAUUCUUGUAAGAUACUCCUUGGCCAUGAUCGAACAAAACCGAUUGAUUUCUGGAGUUCGAUCUAGGAUUUAACAUUUUUACGAAUCUCUACGAAAAUUUAAUGCUACGUGUCUUUCUAAGAGAAAAAAAAGAAACGAGUAUCUCGUUAGUUUGCUCGUCUAGGGAAUUUUUUAUCAUCUCCAUAAUCAUUCACGAGUUCUCGCAGAGAUCGUCUGUUCGAUUAUGGAUAGAGUAUGUCAUGAUUAUGACAGUGGACAAUCUUCGUUAAAGCGCGACUGUCCACGAAUUACCGAGUCUAUAUUUAUUCCGCGUUUUUAUUUUUUGGCGCGAUGAUUUGAGCGUAUUCCGAUAUGAAUUCGCGACGUUCGCAGGGAGAACUUCCCAAGUAUCCAUCUUGGUUAAAUCAUUUAUAGUUUUGGAGUCAUACUAUGUAUGUGAUUUUAGGCAUAGCCGCUUAAUUAUUUAAAAGAUAUUUAACAUUAAAAUUUUCAAGGAACAUCAAUUCGAGAAGUGUACUGGGGUAGUUCUUCUUGUCAGAUCAGCCGUGCACUCGUGCAAAACUCAUUCGACAUCUUCCGUCACAUACUAGCCGGUAAAAUCAUUCUUAUUUAUUGUAGUAUUAAUUAUCGUACCGUUCUUGCAUCAUUCUGAUAAUCGCUAUAGCUAUUACGGUAACAUGAUAGUUCCAAAACGAACCUUGUUUCUAAUUCUAAGGAAAUAUUUAGCUAUUGUGUAUUUCUUAUCCUCUGACAUGUGAUGUGUGUUCAUAUUCUAAUUAUCAUCGUAUCCUUUAUUUAUUAUAAAACAUAUGCGACAGUCCUUUCUUUGUAUUGACACUAACAUACAUGCUUCCAAUGUUAAUAAUAAACUAUAUACGUAUAUUUUAAGGUAUAACGCCGAUGAAAUUCUUUAAUAAGUAGUCGGUAAUCGCCUUCAAAUAGACACACCUCUACGAUUUCGAUGACCGUUCGAUAAGUUGUUAAGGUCAACGUCCUGCACAACUUUACGUUAUACCUGUAAUCGACACAUCGCGUUAGUUCCUAAACUGUUCGCAAAAAACAUUUGUAACCAUGAUUGAUCAGCGAUUGUUCAUAUAGAAAAAUGUCACUCGGAAUGUUGUCCUUGAUAACAUAUUUGAUAGACAGUGAAAUCGACGAGGUUCUUUGGAAAAUAUGUACCAUACUUCGUUUCAUAAGUCGAAUUCGUAACUUAUUUUGCAACGACAGAUAUUAUAGGUGCGUUAAAAAAAUAGUAUAGGAGCGGACCGUCCGAUGGCGUUAAUGUCCAGAAUCUGGAUCAUCGCCGCAAGAUGGCGGCCAAGUACACUGAUAUUGACAGGUGCUGAGAGAGCAUGGCGGCCAGUGUUUACGACAACUGAUCACGACCGAUCGAAUUUGCGGAUGAUCCGGGUGUUUCGCUUAUUGUGCAUGACUCCUUCUUUGACACAGUUUCGCCGUUAUCUCUGAACCGUACUCUGAUCGUUCGCUUUAGUUUCUCGCCGAAGAAAAUCGAGUGUACAGUUGAUCCGGUCAGUGAAACGCGUGUCCCAAUCUCGUAAGUUUGGGAUCAGGUGGUGGAUUUGUCGCUGAUACGGCAGUGCUUUCGAAGCGGAUCACAGGAAUAUUACGAGAUUCGUCGUAAUCAAUACUCGAACAACGGAAGUAACGACCGAUUAAGAUAGAAAGAGACAGGUGUAAUCGUUGAAAUUUGCGAGCUGCGAAGAAG